AUCCUGCCUGCCUGCUAGUUUCCCUCAAUCCUCGGAUGAGCUGCGGCGGCGGCGGCCGACAUAACGUCCAGCGGCUGAGUGAGUGCUGGGUGGGAUGGACGUGCGGGUUCUCCAGAUGGCUCCUUGAGUGAGGAUGCGACUCCCCAGUUCUAUCUUUGUGUCGGUGUCUCUGUUCACGGCCGAGACCACGGCAGCUCUCUACCUCAGCUCCACGUACCGCUCUGCGGGAGACCAAAUCUGGCAAGGGCUCACGCUCCUCUUCACGCUCGUGCCGUCUGUGCUCGUGCAACUGACCCUCAUCUUCAUCCACCGGGACCUCAGCAGAGACAGACCGCUCAUUCUGCUGCUGCACAUACUGCAGCUCGGACCCAUCGUCAGGUGUCUGGAGGCGUUUUGCAUCUAUGGCAGUGUGGGCCGUGUGGAGGAGCCUUAUGUCAGCAUCACCAGGAAGAAGCAGGUGCCCCGUGCGGGUCAGUCUGAGGAGGUGGAGCGACAGGUUGGGCAGGCGGAGGGGAAACUGUUUACACACCGAGCAGCCUUCGCCCGCACCUCUGUCAUUCAGGCCUUCCUGGGUUCUGCCCCCCAGCUCACCCUUCAGCUCUACAUAUGCGUCUUACAACAAGGCAUGUCCAUCGGAAGAGGCACACUCAUGGUGAUCUCCCUCUUGUCCAUUGUGUACGGAGCGCUGCGCUGCAACAUCCUGGCCAUCAAGAUCAAAUAUGAUGACUAUGAAGUGGAUGUCCGACCCAGUGCUUAUCUUUGUAUUUUCCUGUGGCGAAGUUUUGAGAUUGCCACCCGGGUAGUGGUCUUGGUUUUAUUCAGCUCUGUGUUACAGCUCUGGAUCCUGCCUGUGGUUCUGCUAAACUUCCUUGUUUUCUUCCUCUACCCUUGGAUCCUCUUCUGGCAGAGCCACUCCCCAUUCCCUGAGAAUAUUGAAAAAACAUUGACCAGGGUGGGAACCACCAUCGUGCUUUGCCUGCUCACCUUCCUGUACGCUGGCAUCAACAUGUUCUGCUGGUCAGCUGUGCAGGUGAAACUCAAUGACCCAGACCUUAUCAAUAAGUCCCAGAACUGGUAUCGCAUGGCUGUGUAUUACAUGUUGCGUUUUGUGGAGAACGCCUCGCUGAUUCUGCUGUGGUACAUCUACAAAACCGAUUUCUACAAGUUCAUCUGUGCCCCGCUGCUGGUCCUGCAGCUGCUGGUCGCCUACGCCAUCGCCAUCUUCUUCAUGCUGGUCUUCUACCAGUUCUGCCAUCCGUGUCGGAGGCUCUUCUCUUCCAGUAUGACCCAGGGCCUUUGGAAUUGCUCCUCUCUUCUCUGCCUGAUGUGCAACUCUACUUCGCCGCAGAACACGCCAAUAGGAAAGACCAUCCUGGAGCCACCGAGCCCUACCCCACGCAAGGAACCAGCCAGUGACCGAGCCCAUGAAACAGGCAGUGACACCACUGACGACAUGCCUAAUGACACGACGUACGACAUGCUCAACGACACAAUGUAUGACAUUCCUAAUGAAAUGGGCAAUAAUACAGGAGCGGGAAUCAAUGGUGACAUUUGCCACAGUGUAUCCUGCGAUGCUUAAAGCAUUACAGUUGUUUGAUGUGCCAUUCAGAGGACUGUACAGAACAAACAGUAAUCGCACCCCCUGUAACCUUUUAAGUGCCACAUUGAUCCCUCUGUGAAUUGAGUUUACACUUAAAAUCCUUCCAUCACCAUUUCAUGAAUCCAUUUAAUGUGAUUUCUACCACCAUCUGUCCCACACACAAAGCAAAUGUGUCCUUAACUCUGGAUCUGUACCAGCUGCAAAAUUACAUAGUUUUCACUCAGGUUAACCUGACGUCAGCAAGCAGUGUUCAGAAAGAGCAAACAUCCUAACCUUCAUCAUUGUGCAGCCUUUAAUAUGAAUGAAAACCUGUGGUUGUUGUUGUUGCCACCAUUACUGUUAUGUGUGGAGACUGUUUCCACUUAUAUGCUGCAUUAAUGAUCACCAGGAGCCAUGGCAUUUGAAUUGAUUGUAUUUAGUAUCUCUCUUUGGCAUGGAGGUGUGCAUGUGUGGAGCCUCGGGUGAGGUGUAAAUGUUAUUCUGCUGGGGGGGUUGAGUCUGUUUUGUACAGGGUUUUUUCUUUAAAAAACCCUAGAUUUAUGGCUGCCAGCAAUCAGCUUUUUUACUCCUUGAUAAGAGCUUUAUAAUCAAUCUGCGCUGCUUUUGUGAUGUAUUUGUGCUUGCAGUGAGAUACCAAUCGCCACACAUUGUUAAAGAGCCUGUUUGAUCACCAAACACAAUACUGUAAAGCACGGAAAUCUCUGUGUGUAAUGUUUUUUGCACGUUUACAAAAAAAAAAGAUUUAAGUGGCUUUGGUUCAACCUUUGAACAGCAACAGCUGUUGUGAUGUGAAAUGUUUUGUUCAUAUGUAUUUAGAAUUUUCUAGCUCAUGCUUUAUGUCUGUCAGCUCUGCGUCUGUAUGUUUCAUUAGUUAGAAUAUUAACACUUGUGUCCGCACAAAAUGGAUAUCUAACAGAAAAAAGUGUCAAUGUUUGGAAUUGUAAGAUGUGUUUUUGCUUAGUUUUAACCUUUAGUGUGUAACAGGGCACAAAAUUAGCACCAGCCAAAUGCUGAUAAAAUAUGCAAGUGGCUGGUAGAUUUGCUUCAGUUACUUGCCAAAAGAACAAUGUGAAAACUUGAAUAUUAACUAGUCAUUUGGCCGAUGGGCAAAAAAAGUUAAUUUUGAACCCUGCUAUAUAUGUGUGUGUGUGUGUGUGUGUGUGCGCGUGUGUGCGUGCGUGCGCGUGUGUGAGAGAGAGAAUGUCAGUGUUGUUUGUUUUUGCACUAACUCCUUUUUGCAAUGUAUCUGCAGAGGAACGAUGACCUCGGAUAUCACAUUAAUGCUCCUAACGUUUGUACAAAUAAGACGAGCAAACUUUGAAGCCAAAACAAAUGUGAAAUACCCAUUGUACACAUCAAAUAUUCUCAUACGAAGAAAGAAGAAAGGCAUUAAAAGAUGAAAUCCUAC